AUGCAUUCGAUGGUCCCGACAGCCGCCUACCUGGUGGUAAUGCUAGCGACUGCGGAUCUGGUUCUAUCGGGCGGCGAGGUGGACGCGGAGUGCGUCCAGCGUUUUCGAGUGUGCGAGCAAGAGUGCGUCGCCGAGGCCGAGACCUCGAAGCAGAUGGCGGAGUGCACGCGGGGCUGCGAGAAGAAGCACAGCUGCAACCAACCCAGCUGUCCAGAAGACUUCGAUGACGACAAGUGCCUGCUGCAGACACCGUUCCUGAAGACGUGCUACGUGGACGCCAUGUGUCCCGAUGGAAGCCGGUGUUGCGCGACCGGAGACGAGGGCUGCGAAUGGCGAUGCACGAGACUCUUUUGA